AUGGCCGCCAACCUUUCACGCAUAUACCUCUUGUCGGCAGCGACCUCAUCUACAACUUUUCUCUACCAGACCCGCACCCUUUCGCAACUAUCUCGCUCCUUCCCACUGCUUCACCAAUUGCGCCGACACUAUUCCAAAGAGCACAAUGGACUAGAUAUGGAAGGGGAGGACCAUGGUUCUUCAAAAGCCCCAGACCAGCCAGAGCAGAAUGACUCCGCGAAAUCAACAUCCGCCGAUCAUCCACCACGGCGCAUGAGCUAUCUGCGCCAUCGCGGUGCUUCAAUCCCCGACCCAACACCAAAGGGCAAUAAGAAACGGACUUCAAACCUGAAAUCAAGGACUAUCACUCGAAAUGAGCGUGAGGCGUUUGGGGGCUUAAUGAGCCGGUUGAACAAGACGCAGCAGGCCCAAAGCCCGCUGCCGGAGACACAAAAGCCAGAGUCCGUGCCAAAGACCGACGAUCUGAUGGCUGUUAUGAGCGUUUUUGAAUCGAUCCUGGAGGAUACUCGUGCCGAUGCGAAAGAGCGCCAAACUGUGAAGAAUUCUCAACACGAGGUGCCAGUAGACAAGCAGGAGCAUGGCCGUUCCCGCCAAAGCGGCCAAACAGAGGAAAUAAUCGAUGAAGCUGAUCUUAUCUACCUCAGCGACCUUGGACUUGAGGAAAGAAGUGCAAGCGCCGACGCCGAUGCCACCAUAACUUUGACAGAGGCAGUGAAUAUGGUCGUUGAGCGAGAGUCGAAGAGGAUUGAAUCAGAGCUUUUCCAAGCUGUGGAACAGGGCAAGGGCGAUUCAGGUCUCUGGGACGUUUGUAGGCAGCGGAUCUUCACCAUGAUAAGCCAUAUAGGAGGUCCGGUGUCAUCAACUGCCCAGGAACCCGAAUUCAGCUCUGGCAGUAAUGCGCACCAGAGCCCUGAUGCAUCCCCUUCAUCCGGUCCAUUGAACAUCCCAGACGCGGUUCCAGCUGGCCCUGUAGUUGCAAAACUCUACCCGCAGCUUCUACUUCUCGCAUUCCGGAUACUUAGUACUCAUUUCCCAGAAUCACAACUCAUCAGCCAGUUCCGAAGUGCAGCCAAGGCGCACGGACGGUCAUCUGCCUUCCUGGGGACCUCGGAGGUCCUUUGCGACGAGUUGAUGGCUUUCUACUGGCACAGCUGCAACGAUCUUCCGGCGGUAGUUUCAUUCUUGCGCGAUAUGGAUAAUGCUGGUCUUGAUCCAAGUCGCCGAGUCCGCAAGCUUCUGCGAGACAUUGUUCGCCAACAUGACCAGGACGUGAAGUCGCGUCGGAAAGCUAAGGGAGAGUACUUUUGGGACGCGCCGCCAAAUCAAAAGGCAUUCCAAGAGCUCGCAGGGCCGGAUGGUUGGAUUGAAACCCUUCACUCCCGGAAGCGCCAGCGGCGUAGCACCGCCAUCCCUGUCCCUAGGAUGUCAUGA